UUCUGCUUCAUUUCUAAGCCAUUUCUCCCCCUAAAAAAAAAAUUAUAACGAAAAACACCAAUUCUCCAUUGCAGCUGGUCGGCCCCUUCUCUUCUCUUCUCUUCAGGGCGCGCGUCCAACGCCCCCAUUGCUAUGCCAUGGCUCCUCAAUAUAAGCCCUUGUUUUUACUUGUUUUCCUUCAACUGAUUACCUUCUUUUUUGUUGCAUCUUCUAGUUUAUCAGACACCGAAAUCCUCCUUCAGUUCAAAGCUUCACUGGUGGAUUCGUCUGCCUUGAUCGAUUGGAAUGAUCAAAUUAUUCCAUGCAACGGGAAUCAUGCAAAUUGGGUUGGCGUUCUUUGUAAUAAAGGUAGCAUUUGGGGUCUACAUCUUGAGAAUAAGGGGCUAAAGGGCCAAAUUGACUUGAGCAGUCUAGCUGAAAUGAGUGAUUUUAAAGCAAUAAGUUUGAUGAAUAAUGAGUUAGAAGGUUCCAUUCCUUCUUUGAGGAAACUUCCUGCUAUGAAAUCGAUUUAUUUGUCAAAUAAUAAAUUUUCUGGGGAUAUUCCGAGGGAUGAGUUUGAGAAUCUUGUCGGGUUAAAGAAACUUUAUUUAGCAAAUAAUCAAUUUUCUGGUGCAAUACCAUCCUCCUUAACGGGUUUGUCUAAUUUAAAGGAGUUGAGUCUUGAAGGAAAUCAAUUUGUGGGCGAGAUUCCAGAAUUUCAACAGAAGGAAUUGCAAAUUUUCAAUGUCUCCAACAAUGCCUUGACCGGAACUGUCCCCCCAAGCCUUCAGAAAUUUGAUGCUUCCUCAUUUUCAGGCAAUCAAGGUUUAUGUGGGGUGCCAUUGGCCUCAUGCGAUGGAACCAUACGCCAAAGCAUUCCUAGCCCUAGCCCUAGCCCUAGUCCCACACUUAAGCCCCAGUCCCAGCCAAGCCCCAGUCCCAGUCUAAACUCCAACGCCAGCAACUCCCCACCUGAGCCCCCCACAGAAGGGAAGCCCCCCACGUUGACCAUAGUUAUUGUCUCAAUAGUUGCGGCGGUGGCGCUGGCAGCCAUACUGGUAGCCCUCUUCAUCCUCCGUGGCAAGAAACAAGAAGAACCCGACACAAUAGAGGCUCCACCACCAUCAAACCUUCAAAAUAUACCAGGCAUUAAGGAUGCAGAGCAACGCUCAAUACAUUCACAGGAAUUGUCUGUCUCGGGAGAUAAGAAACCUGAACAAACUACCAAGCUUUCUUUUGUAAGAGAUGACAGGGAAAAGUUUGAUUUACAGGAUUUGCUGAGAUCCUCUGCGGAAGUAUUGGGCAGUGGUUGCUUUGGAUCUUCAUACAAGGCGGCUCUUGGCUCGGGGAAAAUGAUGGUUGUUAAGAGGUUUAAGAAAAUGAAUAAUGUUGGAAGAGAAGAUUUUUCCGAGCAUAUGAGGAGAUUAGGAAGAUUAAGGCAUGACAAUUUGCUCCCUCUUGUCGCUUAUUACUAUAGGAAGGAAGAGAAGCUGUUGGUUUCUGAUUUUGUUCAAAGAGGAAGCUUGGCAGUUCAUCUUCAUGGUCACCAAUCUGGGCAUCCAGGUCUUGAUUGGGCAACCCGAUUGAAAAUUAUUAAAGGCGUGAGCAAGGGUCUUACAUAUCUUUCCAAAGAGUUGCCAAGCCUAAUUGCACCACACGGUCACCUAAAAUCCUCAAAUGUUCUUUUAACGGAAUCAUUCGACCCACUUCUUGCAGACUACGGAUUGAUUCCCGUAAUCAACCAGGAGAGUGCCCGAGAAUUGAUGGUGGCCUAUAAGUCUCCUGAAUCGUUACAACAUGGAAGAAUUACAAAGAAAACAGAUGUAUGGGCCCUUGGGAUAUUGAUAUUGGAAACUCUAACUGGGAAAUUCCCUGCAAACUUUUUGCAACAAGGGAAGAGUAGUGAAAACGAUUUGGCUACUUGGGUGAAGUCUGUUGUCGGCGAUGGCGAUGAUGUAGAAAGUACAAGCGAAGUUUAUGAUAAAGAUAUGGGAGGAACAAAGAAUAGUGAAGGGGAGAUGAACAAGUUAUUGAAGAUUGGAUUGGCUUGUUGUGAAGCAGAAGUGGAGAAGAGGUUGGAGUUGAAGGAGGCUGUUGAGAGGAUUGAAGAGUUAAAGGAAAAGGAUGGGGAUGAUGAUUUCUACUCUUCUUAUGGUGAAGGUGAUUUUAGAUCUUCAAGAGGGAAGUCUGAGGAUUUCUCUAACUUAAUGCCUUAAAGCAAUUGAUUAAUUUAUUAAGAGAAUGAUUAUUUUGUUAAUUUUUUUGUUCUAUUAUAUGAACUGCUUGUUCUUUUGGUUGCAUAGAGUAAUCAUGUUA